AUGAGUGCACACUCGCCGGCUCCAUCAAUAAAUAGCCACUCGGACAUGCCAGCUCCUGCUAUCAAAGACUGUGUCCCACUAGACUCUCUUGACGCGCGCAUAUUGCAAUAUCGCUACGCCUCACAGAAAAUACUGAAACUGGUUGAGAACGUUAAAUUUCUCGUCAAAACAUGCUCCCAAGAAAAGAAGAUUGCUUUCACAAAAUAUAUCAUAUUGCUCAACGGGUGUAUAUUCAACGUCAAUGAUAACAUAUACAGGAGAUCUGAAAUCUUAAUCAAUGGCAACAAAUUUAAUCCUGCCCAAUCUAUAGAGCCUUCGCCUAACAUCGGUGCGGUGAGCUUCGACUGUAUGGACAAUUCCACCAAUUACGAUACUACCAAGCUUAGGUUGCCGACCUUGAGGCAAAGCUUGGACACUUUAAAGCUGUUGGAGCUAUUGUUGAUUAAUACGUUUGAGAUAUACGACCACAAGUGGAAAAUUGCCAUGAACGAUCGAUCUUCUCAGGAAACGAAGAAAGACAAGCCACUUUUCACCCUGGAUGAUAUUUCAGACGUGCUAGAGUUUCCGGAGCUACAAUCCAUGCAGCUCCUAAUUGACGAUGAACCCGAAAAUACUUCCGCCGAUGCUAAAGCCGACGUCUAUCUCCGGUCUAUUGACCUCAAGAGCUUAAAAGUCAACCUGGCUAAUUUCGAAUUAGCCAUGGAUGCCUUCCGGGACCGCAUUGAUGCUCUUGGCAGAUGCAAGGUCAAAGAAAAUCUGCUUUCGUCACCGCGUUACAAAUACAUUCUUCAGAGAUCGUUUCUGCUUUUAUUGCACCUGGCCGACUUUUAUGGUGUGGUACGCAAAUUCGGUAAAGUGCUAUACCAUAACAACAGCUUCUACUUUGAAAAUUAUGCGCGCACAAGCGAAUCCCUUAGAGUGGUGAUGAGAAACUUUGAAGUUUAUUUCAACCAGUCAAAAAAGAACAAUCUAUUGCUGGCUGCUAUAACGAAAAUCACGAGAAACGGAAGUUUGAUGGCAGUCCGUCCCGAUAAUAUAGUUGAACUUUAUAAGGUGAGCGACGAUGCACACAGCUUGCUAAGUACGAUGGUAUUUGUCCUGAGAAGGUUCCAGGCGGAGUGGCAAGUCAUUAUAGACUCGAAUCGCUCUAAUGAGUUCGACAAAGAGCAACUGAGACGGAAGCUUAAGGAGCAGACAAUUAGAGAGCAAAACGAGCAAAAACGCUUGCAAUUCGAUGCCCAGCUGGGUAGAAACAUGGAGGCUCUGCACAUAUCUCCCGAGAAGUUCAAGGCAGAUAUGGAAAAACAGUCAAAAUUCCAAAAAGAGCUUUUUGAUGAUGCCCGAGAGGCUAGACUAAUCAGAGAGGCUGAUGUAAGAGACCAGGAACAGCAAAAAGCAGAAGAGAUGGAGCAGAAAGUUGGAGAACGUGAGAAACAGCUGCGUGAAGAGUUGAGAUCCGCCAGAUCGUCUCCAAACUCCUUAUCACGACAAUCUUCCAUUUCACGCUCGCGGUCUUCUAGUCUCCAGAGCAACAAAGAUGAUGGUUUUCUUCGUCGAUCAAAAUCCACUUCCAGUAGGCGUAAUUCUCUACUGGUCACUCCCGAGAUUCGCCGUGUGAUACCAGAGCAGAACGAAACUAUGUCGGAUCCUACUAGUCCGCUGAUUGAUUCUCAAAGUCCAAACAUCAACUCGACCACGGCUGGGGCUGGUGCGUCGUCAACACCCACUCUUCGUCUGCAAACAAAUUUAUCAAAGCCACAGAACUCGCCCGUUGACCAUGCCAGAGCAGCAGCGUUGGCUUCUAAAAAAGUGACACAGCCACCGCUGACUGCCCAGCAGAGACUCCAGCAGCACAUCAUAAAAUCAUCGCAGAGUGGACAAGCCAUUGCAAAAAGAAUUGAACCAAAACCAAGACCAAGGUCAUUCUAUGCUCAAUUAAAUGGAUCUCCUGCAAAAGCCCUGGGUGGGUCAAACUCAGGAAGCAGAAGCAACUCGCUGCAAAGUGAUGCUGAGUUCCCCACCAGUCCCCUGAAUUCGCUCAAACAGAGCAACUUCCCAGAUUCCCAGGCCCAAACAAAUAGAUCGAGGUCAGGAUCACUGCAGGGUAGCGAACACCUGCAGUCACCAGGGAAUAACGCGGCAGGACGCGCGUCUCCAUCGAAUUCAGCGUCGCGCAGUAGGUCUGGAAGUUUGUCGCAAAGGCCAGUGAGCUCGAUUCCAGAAGGUGACGAGACCGCAAAGGGUCCCGAAGUGGACAACGUUGCUGCACGCAACUCUCCUAACAAAACAAGCGAGAACUCUUCGAUCAAAACACGUUCACGGGCCUCAUCUACACGCCAAAAUGGCCCUCCGCAGAAUAUUGGAAAUGUGCUAGUUGUUCCUGAGAAUUCGUCGCCUGAGCUUGAUACGAAUGGGGAAGUGAUCAAGAAAGUACGUUUUACAGGGGUCCCCGAAUAUAGCGAGGAUGAAGACGCUCCGACCCCACAGCAAAUGCAAAAACAAAUGCGGCAGAAAUGGUCGUCAUACAAGCCGCAGUUCCGAAACAGAACCAAGCAACUCAAUUCCCAAGAGGGAUUGGCGUUCCGCAAGUUUCAGGGCUCUAUGGUUGGAGGAGAAUUUGAAGGUUUCAGCAAGGUCAACGCAAAUAGCAUUCCUGUGGAGGUGAAUGGAAAGUUCUCUAUGAUGAGUGUGAUCAACUCUCCUGAAUCUCCUGGACCUUCACGAAAGUUGACUAAACUUUUCAAAAGACGUUAAGUUGAAAUAUGCUCUCUUAUCGCAGUGCGGCUCUAAAAAAAAAAAUUUUCCAAUUGAAAUAAAAUACUUGGACAUGUCUGUUGGGGUGAAGAGAAGAUUCUCUGCCAGCUCGCGCACGGCAAAAGACAUGUACAAUGUAAUAUCUCAUAAAUCAACGAAUCCUGUGGAUGAAACAGGGUUGUCGAAGUGUUUCCACAAAAUGAAAGCCCAGCUUUAUCUGUCUCUCGCUCCAUGCCAUAUAAAUUCGCCAAUCAAUGGGAUUAAACAGCAGCAUUUCGACCAUAUGCUUAUGACCUAUGUUCCUUUUGCCAAAGGUGUUCUUCUGGGUUACUUCAAUGUCCAACUUGCCUCGGAAAAUUUGGUGGAGGAUGAAGACGGGACAGAAAUUGCCGUUGCGAAGAUCGCUGACGACAAUCCGUUCGCAUUUGUGUGGUGUACAGCGGAGCUGUUGGUUUGGCGACCACAAGUUGGCGACGUUGUUGAAGGCUGGUCGUACAUGCAAUCCCAAUCUCACAUUGGUCUUCUCAUCAACGAUACCUUCAAUGCCACAAUUAAAAAGGGAGGAAUCCCGCCAGAGUGGAGGUACAUACCGAACCAGGUGGAUGAAUUCAAUGCCGAAGGGGAUGCCGAAAAGUUUGGCAAGUCUCUUGGUCAAUGGGUAGAUGAAAAUGGUGUCCCUGUUGAGGGAAAGAUUCGCUUUACGAUUAAAGCCUUGCACGCUGCAGGUAAAGUCGUUUCCAUGGAGGGUACUCUGGUGAAGCCUGGCUCUGAUAAGGAGAGCCAGCCGGUCGUUAGGGACGGAAAGCACAAGAAGUUCGAGGAGCCCGAGGAUAUUGUCGCGGAUGACGAGGACAACACCGACGACAAAACCGAGGUUCCGCAGUACGACCAAGACGACGAAGACGACGAAGAUGAGGAUAACAAGGUUGUUGGCGGCGAACUGAGUUCUGACGAAGAGUGAUGUAAUAUAGCACUAACAUUUUGGAAAAUGU